AUGGCGUCUGCUCGGUGGCCCUGCCUCAUCGUGGCCCUGCUCUCCACCUCGGUGGUCUUUGGCUUCCCAAGAAGCCCCUCCCGGCCACUUGAGAAACGCAGCGUCGUGGAAGAGAAGGCUGAUGACAUUGAGGUCUACAGUACCAAGGUCAGCUGCAAGGUGACCUCCCGCUUUGCUCACAAUGUUGUCACCACGAGGGCCGUCAACCGGGCAGAUGUCGCCAAGGAGGUUUCCUUUGACGUGGAGCUGCCCAAGACCGCUUUCAUCACCAACUUCACGCUGACCAUCGAUGGUGUUACCUACCCUGGUAAUGUCAAGGAGAAGGAAGUCGCCAAGAAGCAGUAUGAAAAGGCUGUGUCCCAGGGCAAGACAGCUGGUUUGGUCAAGGCCUCUGGGCGGAAGUUGGAGAAAUUCACGGUGUCAGUCAAUGUGGCUGCGGGCAGCAACGUCACGUUUGAGCUAACCUACGAAGAGCUGCUGAAGAGGAACAAGGGCAAGUACGAGAUGUAUCUUAAGGUCCAGCCCAAACAACUGGUCAAGGACUUUGAGAUCCAGGUAGACAUCUUUGAGCCCCAGGGCAUUAGCAUGCUGGAUGCUGAGGCCUCAUUCAUCACCAAUGACCUGCUGGGAAGCGCCCUCACCAAGUCCUUCUCAGGGAAAAAGGGCCAUGUGUCCUUCAAGCCCAGCUUGGACCAACAGCGUUCAUGCCCAACCUGUGGAGACACACUCCUCAACGGAGACUUCAUCAUAACCUACGAUGUGAACCGAGAGUCUCCAGCCAACGUGCAGAUAGUCAAUGGCUACUUUGUGCACUUCUUUGCCCCUCAAGGCCUUCCUGUGGUGCCUAAGAAUGUGGUCUUCGUGAUUGAUGUCAGCGGCUCCAUGUCUGGCCGGAAAAUAGAGCAGACAAGGGAUGCCCUCCUCAAAAUCCUGGAGGAUAUAAAAGAGGAGGACUACUUGAACUUCAUCCUGUUUGCUGAUGAUGUGACCACUUGGAAAGACACUUUAAUUCAAGCCACUCCUGAGAACAUCCAGGAGGCCAGGGAGUUUGUGAAGAACAUUAGAGAUCGAGGAAUGACCAACAUCAACGACGGGCUGCUGACAGGCAUCAGCAUGCUGAACAAGGCCCGGGAGGAGCACAGAGUGCCGGAGAGGAGCACCUCCAUCGUCAUCAUGCUGACUGACGGGGACGCCAAUGUUGGUGAGAGCAGCCCCGCUAAGAUACAGGAGAACGUGCUGAGUGCCAUUGGAGGCAGGUUCCCCUUAUACACCCUGGGCUUUGGCAACAAUCUGAAUUACAACUUCCUGGAAAGCUUGGCCCUGGAGAACGAUGGGUUCGCCCGGCGCAUUUAUGAGGAUUCCGAUGCCAACUUGCAGCUGCAGGGCUUCUAUGAGGAGGUGGCCAACCCGCUGCUGACGGGAGUGGAGGUGGAGUACCCUGAGAACGCUAUCCUGGACCUGACCCAGAACACUUACCAGCACCUCUAUGAUGGCUCUGAGAUCGUGGUGGCUGGGCGCCUGGUGGACGAGGACAUGAACAACUUUAAGGCAGAUGUGAAGGGCCACGGGGCGCUCAGUGACCUGACCUUCACAGAGGAGGUGGACUUGAAGGAGAUGGAGAAGGCCCUGCAGGAGCAGGACUACAUUUUCGGGAGCUACAUUGAGCGGCUCUGGGCCUACCUCACCAUUGAGCAGCUGCUAGACAAACGCAAGAACGCCCAUGGUAGCGAGAAGGAGAACCUCACAGCCCAGGCCCUGGACCUGUCCCUCAAGUACCACUUUGUGACUCCACUGACGUCCAUGGUGGUGACCAAGCCUGAGGACAGUGACAACCAGAUGGCUAUUGCUGACAAGCCUGGGGAAGGUGGGCAUGGGGACUACCAGCCUCCUUCUAACCCCUACUAUUAUGUGGAUGGGGACCCCCACUUCAUCAUCCAAGUCCAAGGGAACAAGGAUGCCAUCAGCUUCAACAUUGAUGAAGAACCAGACACAGAAUUGAGCCUCAUUCAGAACUCUGUUACAGGCUUAACAGUAAAUGGGCAGAUCAUUGGUGACAAGGGAAACAGCUCUAACUCUAAGAACAGAAAGACUUACCUUGGCAAAGUGGGCAUUGUCAACGCUCCGAUGGACUUCCGGAUUGAGGUGACCACAGAGAAGAUUACUCUGCAGAAUGGGGCUGCACAGAGUACUUUCAGCUGGCUGGAUACAGUCACGGUCACCUCGGAAAGGUUCUCUGUGAAGAUCAGCAGGGAGGCUCUGGUGGUCUCCUUUGGAAAAGGGAUUGCCUUUAAGGUGGUUCUGCACCAGGUGUGGAAGAAACAUCCCGUCCACCUUAACUAUCUGGGCUUCUACGUGCUGGAUAGUGGCAAGAUGUCAACAAAGUCACACGGGCUGCUGGGACAAUUCUUCUGCCCCCUUGCUUUUAAAGUGUCUGACUUCAACCCAGGCAAUGAGCCCUCAAAGAUACAUGCCACAAUGCUGGUGAAGCAACAUCGGCUGGCAGUCACCAGGGGCUCCCAGAAAGACUACAGGAAGGAUGUCCAUAAUGGCACACAUGUGGGCUGCUGGUUCAUCCACAACAAUGGCCAAGGGGUGAUUGAUGGAGUCCACAGCGACUACAUUGUCCCUGCCCUGUUCUGAGUGACU